ACAGCCCAGGAUUUUAGGGCUCCAAGAACGCGCUCGAAGGGAGAGAGAGAGAGAGAGAGAGAGCAAUGGCGAGCAGCACGGCGACGGUGGAGAGCGCCAGCGCGUUCCGCGAGGCGAUCGAUGCGAUCCCCAUGGUGAGAUCUCCGUCCGGCGACAUUCUCACUAAGCAGUUCCUGGACGUUUGCCGCCUUGUCCUUCCGGUGAUAGACAAGUUUGGAUCUGCGAUGGCGAUGGUGAAAUCGGACAUCGGCGGCAACAUCGCGCGGCUAGAGACGCGCUAUAACGAAGAUACGUCGGGCUUGUACCUUCUGUACGACAUCGUAAGGAGGGAGGUCGACGAGAAAACCGCGAAGGGGUCCAAAAGCUGUAGCAAUGGCUUGCUGUGGUUAACGAGGGCCAUGGAUUUUUUGAUGAACUUGUUCGACAACCUCUUGCGUCAUCCCGACUGGACCAUGACACAAGCCUCGACUGAGGCGUACGCCGCCACGCUUAAGAAGUACCACGGAUGGAUUGCAAGUGGAGCCUUCACGAUGGCGAUGAAGCUGACGCCGGAAAGGAAGAAGUUUAUGGAAAUGCUCGGUGGUGGCGAAAGCCUGAGCUCCGACAUAGAGAAGUUUUUGUCAUCGUUCUCGCCGCUUCUCCUGGAGAAUCAUCAGUUUUUGAAAAGCGUUGGCCUCGAUGACAUGAAGGCGGCCUAAUAUGGAAAUCGAGCAAAUUCUUUUUAUUUGACGCCGUGAAACUUUUUUGGUAGACGAAAAUUUUGGCGCAAUAACAGUACAAGGUUUUCUA